UCAAACAAACGGUUUGUUAGAAAUAUAUAUAUUAGAAAAUAGUUGUUUUUUUCUGUGCACGAAACCUGCAGUUCCUGACAGAUUGUCUAAACCGUUAUAACGAAUGCAGGAGGAAGUGUCAACACAGGGUUUCCUGGAGAAGUAACGCUUUAACACAUUGCAUAUAUUUUCUUUGUUUUCUAAGGGAUAGACAGAGAUUCGAAUACGCCGCUGAGUAUGAAGUUAUCACCCAGUAAUCAUCCAAAAAGGCAGAAAUGGGAAAAACCGUUUGAUUUUCUUUUUGCCUGCGCUGGUUACUUUGUCGGCCUGGGAAACAUAUGGCGAUUUCCUUAUCUAUGUUUUGAAAAUGGCGGAGGCGCCUUUCUUAUCCCGUAUUUGUUAUCUGUGGCAUUCAUGGGAAUACCGUUUAUCAUGUUGGAGACUUCAUUUGGUCAAUGCUGCCAAUCCGGUAUUAUGAAGGCUUGGGACAAAGUUCCGCUGUUUAAAGGUGUAGCUUACGCCGGGGUAGUAUGCGUCUUCCAUUCGAACGUGUUUUACAUUGUCAUCUUGUCUUGGGUUUCAAAGUACAUCGUUGCCAGUUUCUCUUCGCCAUUGCCAUGGUCGGUAUGUGGAAACCCUUGGAACUCUGAAAAUUGCGUCGAGAUGAACGUUAGAAUGAAUCAAACUAACCUAACAGAGCAUCAGCUGAACGCAACUAAGGGAGUUUCUGCAGCUGAGGAGUUUUGGACGAAAGAAGUUUUAGGCAUGUCUUCCGGUAUCGACCAAGUUGGCAGCAUAAGAACAGACCUACUGGUUAAUAUCUUACUGCUUUGGAUUGGUGUAUAUUUCGCUACUUUCAAAGGGGUAAAGUGGCUGAGUAAGGUUGUUUAUGUCACUGCGACACUGCCUAUUCUUCUGAUCAUCGUAGUUGUGGUUCGUGGUUGCACGCUGGAAGGAGCUUACGAUGGAAUAUAUUUCUACCUUGUUCCAGAUCUUACAAAACUGGCAAAAGUCGAGGUUUGGGUAAGUGCAGCAACGCAGGUUGCCUAUUCCACUGGAAUUGGUCUUGCUUCGUUGGUGUUGCUGGGCAGUUACAAUCAAUACCACCACAACUUUUUUAGAGAUUCGAUUUUGAUCGGCGUUAUCAACAGCAUGUCGAGCUUCGUGAGUGGUUUUGCUGUUUUCUCGUCACUGGGAUUUAUGGCAAAACAACUUAACACAACAGUACAAGAUGUAGCCGCUUCAGGACCUGGCCUUGUAUUUAUUGCUUUUCCUCAAAGCAUUUCCCUCUUACCAUUCCCGCAACUCUGGAGCUCAAUAUUUUUCUUUACGCUUCUUCUCUUAGGUUUCGAUUCCCAGUUUGUUAUGGUGGAAUGUGCUGUCAACUUUUUCAUUGACGGGUCGGCGCGGAUUCGUUCAUAUCGCUGGCACAGGGAGAUCGUGACAGCUAUUAUCUGUGUUUGCACUGGUCUUGUUGGGAUACUAAUGGUCACUGAGGGUGGAAUUUAUUUUUUCGAAAUCUACAACGCGUAUGCGGUUACUGGCUGGUGUAUUUUUCUCAUCGCAGCGUGCGAGGUUAUCGCAAUUUCUUGGGUGUACGGGUUGGACUUGUACUUCAAAGAGAUCACAAAAAUGAUCGGUUCGGUGAAAGGAAAAUGGUGGCUCACAUUUUGUUUAAAGUUUCUGACUCCAGUACUUAGUUUGGCAAUAGUAGGUUACUCCCUGGCCGGGUUUCGACCGCUAAAAGUUGGCAACUAUGUCUUCCCACUUUGGGCGCAAUGCCUGGGGCAUCUUAUGAGUUUGAGUUCCGUAAUUUUCAUCCCUGGUUACGCCAUUUACAUCAAGCUAAAAACGGGGAAGUCAUUUGCCGAGUUGAGAAGGUGCGUCCCACCAAAGAAAGAAAAAAUGUGCAUCGAAGAAGAACGACAUUCUUUAAAUUCAAUGGACAACAGAUCGGAAAGUUUCUCCAGCGUGUAAUUAACUAUUUGUACUAGUAUCACCUGAUAUUUUAAAUACAUAGUCAGAAUUUGUUCAUCCCUCUAUCUAUGAUUCUAUAUGGUGUAAUACAGAGUGUAUCCCCUUUUUAAUGUACAGUAGGGUGGGGGAAGAUGGGACACCUUUUCAUUCUAUUUUCUCGUCCCAUUUGGUAGUAGACAAAGAACAUUUAGAGUAUUAUAAAACCGUAUCCUCGCGACCCUUAUAAACCGUUGUUAAUUGUUUAAAACACGAUCAGGAUAUUUGGAUAUUAUCUUUCCCCGCAGUACUAUACUAUUUGUUCUAAAGCUUAAUUAAUAUAAUUUGUCGGUUAUGUGCAAAUCUGAUUUCUUUCUAUUAAUAUACAAGUAUACACAAUUUCUAUGCAAUCGGAAUAUCUUAUUAUUAAACAUUCAUCGGUAUACGUUUA